UAAUACUAUUUAUAAUUUAUGGAUGAUUUAAAUUGUUUUGAUAAAAACAUCGGAUAAUUAAUUUAUUUGAAAAUGCAUAUAGGGUAAUUUAGUUUAAUUACAAAUAUUUCAAAUGAUUUUUAAAAAUUAAAAUUUAUAGAUGAUAUUAGAUAUUUAAGAAUAUUAUUUAUAGGUAUUUGGUUAUUUAAAAAAUAAAUAUAAUUAUUAAUUAUAUAUAUAUAUAUAUAUUAUUUAAGUGUGUUUGGUUUUUAAAUUUUUUUGGUUUGUUUUGAUUCUUUGAGAUAUAAAAAGAGACAUGUUUCGAUAUUUUUGAACACAUGUUCAGUUUUGAUUUGAUUAUUCGUCUCCAUAUUUCUUCAAUUUGUUCCAGAGUAAAUACAAAAAGAAAAAGAAGAAGAAGAUAAGUUACUUAUAAACCUCAUGAUAAUUUUCUUUUAUUUUGUAAACUUUUAUAAAUUAAUAUAUUGAUUUUCCUGAAAAUAGCAUAAACAAUUUGAUAUAUUAGAUACUUCUUUCUUUGGUAAAAAAUGAAAACUAGAUAUUCACCCAAAUGCUUGUUGCUUUGAUUGAAAACCGCAAUUCCCUCUCGCGGUUUUCCAUUGAUUUUCUAUCCAAAUACUAAGAAAAUUCCGUUAGUUUAGUGAGUGAUUGGAAUAUAAAAUCUCCAUUAUGAUUUUCUACUCUUAAAAAAACCAUGUUAGUGUAGUAAGUGAUCAGAAUAUAAAAUCUUCAUUAUCUUGAUCUAAUCUUCUUUUACCACAAUCAUAUACCUAUGCAGCAUCAUUAAAUAAAGAAAAAUAUAAGCAGUCUUUCAUGAAAAAUUAUGUAUUGGAUUUUAUUAAUAUUCUGUUAGGCUAAGAGAUUAGAAUAUAAAAUUUCCAUUAUCUUGAAUUUGGGAAAAGAAAGAGAUAACAAAAGUUAGUUAGGAGGGUGUAUUCAACCAAGAAUUUUGUUGAUUUGUAUUAAAAUGACAAAACCAUUAUUAUUCAAACAUGAAUUUUAUAAAUUCAUUUAAAAUGCACUGUUGCUGAACUUGACAUUUUAUAAAACAUUUUGAAAUCUAUUGUUAUUGAAAAUAUUAUAAGCUGUGAUGUUUUCAAGUUUUCAAGUGAUUCUAAAGUGUUUGAGUGGAGUUUCUUAUUUAGAAAAAAUAAAACGGUCAAGAUAUCAAGUGGCUGAACCCAUCAAGAUAUCACUUUCUGAUCUCAGCAUCAUCGUCCACGUAUCUAAUAAAACAAAUAAAACAUCAGUUUACAAAAAAAGGUCAAGAUCUCGAGUUUGGUCCUAACAACAAGUUCCAAAUCGAAGCCGACAUGAGCAAUGCAACUAUCAUUACCGGUGAGAAUGACGUGACGAUGAUGUGGCAAGUCAUGUAUAAGGGAAAAUUCUUCACACUAGCGGAUACUACAAGAUCGUUGGACACAAAGUGUAACCGAAAUCUAGUAGGUGAUGUCAGGCCGAGUUUUAACGGCAAUAUUAUUGAGAAGAUUAGGCUUUCGAUAGUAGACUCAGACGACUGGAGAGUGCUGUUACUUGGCGGCUUUUUGAGAUAUCUUCAGUGGUUUUUCUUUAAAUGAUUUUCUCACAAUAGUGUUUGAGUAGAUCGGUACAGAACAUACAAAUAUCGAUCGAGUACAUAGGAGUAGAUGGUUUAGCAAGUAUCCUAAUUUCUUUUACUGUUGUUAUUCUCCAUAGUAUUAAUGAAAACUAUAUUUCAAGAAACAGAGAAGUUGGUAUCGAUUAGUUGAGCUUGAUUUAUGUUUUAUAAAAUCUCUGAAGUCUAAUGCUAUACCUUUUAUAUAUAUAUACAUAAUAUUUAUCAUGAGCAGUACAUUCAAAAGAAAAACAGAUGUAUACUACAAUGAUCUAGUAACCCACGUAAAAAAACAAAGCAACUCAACUAGAUUUACGAUCUUACAUUUAUCAAACAGAAAAGCGUCUCCAUUAAAGUUAGAUGUUGUUCAUUUGUUUAUCUGUUUUGGAUGUUAUUCAACAUUGUUCAUUUUCGGUCUAGAUAGUUCAUUUAAAUAGAUAAUCUAAAUAAUUUCUGUUUGUUUGCUCAUCUAUAUUUUUAUUCAGACAAAUUUAGUAAACAAAUGACCUAUAUAUAUUUGUUUUGAUCCAUUCAUAUAUUUAAUUUUAGGUUUGACUAUCAUUAUUUUUUCAAUCAUUUAUCUAAAAUAUAGUUUUUUAUCAUAUAACUUUAGUAGAAAAAAAUAAUUUUACAGUUUUGGUUGGUUGAAAAUUAUGAUUUAAAUCUACAUUUAGAUUUGAAUAUGGAUAAGGUAAAUUUGUUCUUUCGGGCAUGUCCAUCAACAUCCAUAAACACUAAUUAGAGACAUUUAGAUGAUUUUCACUUUAGACAAAAUUUUAAAACUUUAUUUGAAUGAAUCAUUUGGAUAGUAUUAGUUUUAUUACUAAAUAAACAUCAAUUGUCAUAUUCAGAUAGUCCAUCUCUAAUUUCAUUAUAUUUUUUUUACCCUAAAUAUAGUUCGAAUUAAAAGAACUUUAACACUACUCUAUUUUAAAAAAUUAAAAUUAUUCAUUUGUUUGUUCAUCAAUUUUUUAUUUUAUUUUAAGAUAUAAUAUCAUUCAGAUAGUCCAUCUCUAAUCUAAUCUCAUUAUAUUAGUGUUUAUUCGUGUUUGGAUAAAUCAGUUCUAUGACCGGCUCGCUUCGGUUUAGCGGUGUCUAAUAAAUGAAACCACUCGGCUCGCUUUGGUUUGGUUUUAUACAUUCCGAUUUGUUCCGGGUUUUCUUCUACUCACACCAGCCCAAGCGGCCAAGCUUAUAUUUACAAGUUGAAUCGGUGCUACCGUAUGGAGGAGACCGCCGAUCUUCUUCCGGAAUCUCUCCAACCUGCUAAUGAGCCGUUUGAUGUAGCCAGCAAGAAGCUUAGUUGCGGUCAGAUCACCAACGAGGAAGAUGAAUCUCUUGACAAGAAAAACAAGUGUUGUAGUGACAUUGUCUCUGAUUCAAAUUACAAGACAGGACUCAACUGCCAUCAGGAGGACCAGCGGAGGACGAGUCUAGUAGCAUCUAUUGUGGAAGUGGUGGCAUCUCACGACGCUCCCACUAGGAGAACCAUUGAUCUUGGCCAUGGAAGUGACCUCAUCUACAUUCAGAGGUUUCUUCCCUUUCAAAAGUCUUGGACUUUCUUUGAUUAUCUCGACAAGCAUAUUCCUUGGACCAGACCCACCAUUCGUGUCUUUGGUCGUUCUUGCCUCCAGCCAAGAGAUACAUGUUACGUUGCAAGUAGCGGAUUGACUCCGCUGGUGUACAGUGGAUACCGACCUGAUGCCUAUUCUUGGGAUGACUUUCCACCUCUCAAGGAGAUCCUUGACGCUAUUUGCGAAGCGCUUCCUGGAAGCAGAUUCAACAGCUUGCUUUUGAAUAGGUACAAAGGCGCCAACGACUACGUUGGUUGGCAUGCAGACGAUGAAAAGCUUUACGGUGCUACUCCUGAAAUUGCUUCCCUCUCACUUGGAUGCGAACGUGACUUUGUGCUCAAGAAAAAGAAACUUCAAGAUUCUUCCCUUGAGAAAAGAGGAGAUGGUGGACCAGCGAACAAGAGGUUGAAGAGAAGCAGCAGCGGAGAGGAGGAUCAGCAUAGUUUCGCAUUGAAGCAUGGAUCGUUGCUGGUGAUGAGGGGGUACACUCAAAAGGACUGGAUUCAUUCUGUGCCGAAGCGUGCAAAGGCGGAGGGCACUCGUAUCAACCUCACCUUCAGGCUUGUUUUGUAAACCAUGCAUCAUCAUCAUCAUCAUCAUCAACAAGCUUAGCUUGAUCUCAAGUCACAUUGAUUGACUAGGCUUUUGUCAUCUUAGUUCUUUGACAUGAGAUAUAAAACACACAAGUUGGUGUAGACAUUUUGAAGAAGCUAAUUACUAAACUUAACUUGAAGAUUAA